UUAUUCUGAUCAGCACAAGUUCCUCUCACCAGUCACCCUUGGCCCCUACCUGCAGGCAGGACAAACAGAUUCCUCUUCCUUGCAGGGAUUUUCAAGGUCUGCUAUCUGCUCUAAAGAUGUCAGCCCUCAGUACCCUGUUUCAAUAUAUUGAUGAAAACCAGGACCGAUACAUUAAGAAACUUGCAAAAUGGGUGGCCAUCCAGAGUGUAUCAGCCUGGCCUGAGAAGAGAGGCGAGAUCAGAAAGAUGAUUGAGGUUGCUGCCACAGAUAUCCAGCAGCUGGGAGGCUCUGUGGAACUGGUGGAUAUUGGGAAACAGAAGCUCCCUGAUGGUUCGGAGAUACCUCUUCCUCCCAUUCUGUUGGGCAAACUGGGCUGCGAUCCACAGAAGAAGACGGUGUGUAUUUAUGGGCAUCUGGACGUGCAGCCUGCAGCCCUGGAGGACGGUUGGGAUAGUGAGCCCUUCACCUUGGUGGAGCGAGAUGGCAAGUUGUUUGGGAGAGGUUCAACUGAUGAUAAGGGACCUGUGGCCGGCUGGAUGAAUGCCCUAGAAGCUUAUCAGAAGACAGGUCAGGAAAUUCCUGUCAAUGUGCGAUUCUGCCUCGAAGGCAUGGAGGAGUCUGGCUCUGAAGGCCUGGAUGAGCUGAUUUUUGCCCAGAAAGACACCUUCUUUAAAGAUGUGGACUACAUUUGCAUUUCUGACAAUUACUGGCUGGGGAAAAAGAAGCCCUGUAUCACAUAUGGUCUCAGGGGCAUUUGCUACUUCUUUAUCGAGGUGGAAUGCAGUGACAAAGACCUCCAUUCUGGGGUCUAUGGAGGCUCAGUCCAUGAGGCCAUGACGGAUCUCAUUUCGUUGAUGGGCUCUCUGAUAGACAAUAAAGGGAAAAUCCUCAUCCCUGGCAUUAUCCAGGCUGUUGCCCCCCUGACCAAUGAGGAGCAGGAGCUCUACAACCACAUUGACUUUGACAUGGAGGAGUUCGCCAAGGACAUUGGGACUCAAACCCUCCUGCACAGCUGCAAGAAAGACAUCCUGAUGCACCGAUGGCGGUACCCUUCCCUCUCUCUCCACGGCAUCGAAGGAGCCUUCUCUGGGUCCGGGGCCAAGACUGUGAUUCCUAGGAAAGUGAUUGGCAAGUUUUCCAUCAGGCUCGUGCCGAACAUGACCCCUGAAGUUGUCAGCGAGCAGGUUACAAGCUACUUGACUAAGAAGUUUGCUGAACUGCAUAGCCCCAACAAAUUCAAGGUGUACAUGGGCCAUGGUGGGAAGCCUUGGGUAUCUGAUUUCAACCACCCACAUUAUAUGGCUGGGAGAAGAGCCCUGAAAACAGUUUUUGGUGUUGAACCAGACUUGACCAGGGAAGGUGGCAGUAUCCCUGUGACCUUGACCUUCCAGGAGGCCACCGGCAAGAAUGUGAUGCUGUUGCCAGUGGGGUCAGCAGAUGAUGGUGCCCACUCCCAGAAUGAAAAGCUUAACAGGCAUAACUAUAUAGAAGGAACCAAGAUGCUGGCUACAUACCUGUUUGAGGUUUCUCAGCUGAAGGACUGAGAGACCUGUUUCUCAUGGAGUGCCAUGUCUGACCAGAAGGAAACCCACCUCUGCCCUCUCUCCUUGCCCUUGUCCUCUCUCACUGGCUCAAGAAAGUGGAAAUUCCUUCUCCUUCUUCCUCACAUCAGGUGGUGCACAGUCUUCUAAGAAGGGCCAUGUGUCCAGCUGUUGUGUGGGUGGAGUCAAGUGUGUCCGGCAAUUGGGAACAUUUAGUCCUGAGGGCUUAUCAGGAAUAUCUGGCUGACUCCUGGGUAGAUUCUUACAAGUGGCCAAUAUGACUCGACCUCCAGAAAGCAAAAGCACCUGAGAUCCCUAUAAUCUCUGUAGGUGGUAUUGGCUGUCAUAGAAUUGGGAUAAACUUGGGCUUGCUGCUUUCUGCCUGUGUUCUUGCCUUCUCUGUCAGGUGACUCACACUUGGGAUAUUCAGAAACGAAAUGAGAAAAUUCAGGGGCUUCUUAUGUCAUGACAGCCCCCUUUGGAACCCAAUGCUGUUAUUCAGUUCUGUUCUUUCUCCAGACUUUGUUCAACACCUGUGUUCUCUACUGUCUUUUACCAGCCCUCAGAACCUAAGCUAAGAGUCAUUGUAGAAGGACCGGUCCAUCUCAGUCUAUACUGCUCAAUAAAAGCGAAAAUGAAGCUUCUGAGGGAA